CUUUCUUAUAUUUUCCUUUUUUGGGCAGAAGCAGAGCAAGGACUUAACCAUUCAGCUUUGCACUUCACCUUGUAUCAUGUGCAUGGACAUGGCUCACCUCUAACCUCCCAGUCUCGGCCAUCCUUGGCCGAGUUACUCUCUCGGGGCCAAGCACGAGUUAAGUAUCUGAACUCCAGACUCACUAACAACAGAACAAACAGUGUCACAAACAACACCACACAAAAAUCAGAACACCUUUUCGGACCAAAGUCCAUCAGCACACCAGUGAAUCCUGGCCUGUCUAUUGGUACAUUAAAUUACUAUAUCAAGAUUGGCCUUGGCACUCCACCCAGUUACUAUCCUGUGGUUGUCGACACAGGCAGCUCCAUCUCCUGGCUGCAAUGCCAGCCUUGCGAGAGGUCUUGCCACAAACUAGUCGUUCCCAUUUUCGAUCCCUCUACAUCCAGCACCUACAAAAAGUUAUCGUGCACAACACCGGAGUGCAAUUCACUUAAGGAAGCCACUCUCAAUGACCCUGCUUGCACUCCUUCUAACGAGUGCGUGUACACCGCUACCUAUGGGGACAAGUCUUUCUCUCGUGGCUACUUGAGUCAGGAUUCACUGACCCUAACCCAAUCGGAAACACAGCCUGGUUUUGUGUAUGGGUGUGGGCAGGACAACCAAGGGUUGAUCGGUCGGUCUGCUGAUCUUUUUGGCCUGAAUCGUGACAAACUUUCCAUGGUCUCUCAGUUGUCAGCCAAAUAUGGAAAUGCCUUCUCCUACUGCCUCCCAACAGCCAGCGGAGGCAGUGAAGGCUCAUUGUCCAUUGGAAUGGAUUCGUUGAUGGGAUCAUCCUACAAGUUCACUCCAAUGCUUACUAAUUCUAUAGAUAGCAGCUUGUACGGUUUGAAUUUGACUGCAGUUGUGGUGGCAGGCAGGACAUUGGGAGUGUCAGAGGCCGAGUACAACGUUUCAACAAUAUUAGAUUCUGGGACGGUGAUCACGCGUCUGCCUCCGUCAGUAUAUGCAGCUCUCCGUGAUGAGUUCACGAAGAUCAUGUCCUUAGAGUACGAGAUUAUCACCCAUUCUGGUGUUCUCGAUACAUGUUACAAAGGUAGUUUGAAGGAGAUGUUAUUAGUUGUGCCCGAGGUUCGGAUGGUGUUCCAAGGAGAGGCCGACCUCACUCUUGCGCCUCAAAGCAUUCUUGUAGAUAUGGAUGAGGGUAUUACGUGCUUGGCCUUUGCAGGAAAUUCAGACAAGGAUGCUGUCGCCAUUAUUGGAAACUAUCAGCAGCAGACAUAUAGGGUGGUUUGUGAUGUCUCCAAUUCAAGAAUUGGGUUUGCUGCUGGGGGCUGCACAAGAAAGUAUACAAGUAUGUAUUUUCAAUGUGAUAUCUCCAACUAAUGAAAAUUCCUUUCUUUUCUUCAUAAUUCCUCAUUUCUCUAUUAUUAACAAGGAUAUUUUAGUGUUUAUGACUCCAUUGGCCGAUGAAUAUAUAUAUAUAUAUAUAUAUAUAUAUAUAUAUAUAUAUAUAUAUAUAUAUCCACCUCAAACAAAUAAGAAUCCCUUUUUAUACCAAAGUUUAUCCCUCUACUGGUGGGGCAAUUACUAUAUCAAGAUUGGUCUCACGGUGGCUUCAAGCAGGGUUCAUUUCAUCAAUGGGCGAGUUUUUGCAAAGAUAUUACUCUCAUAACAUUGUGACAUAUAUGUCCCUAGAACAUAUAGUAAUAUGUAUUCCCUCCCUCCCAUAUUAGAUGUGUCCAUGUUUAGAAAUUGGAGUUUUUAAUGGGACAUAUAAUUAAUGCAUUGUUCCCUUUUAAAUUUAUGAACUUGUCAUUUUUAGUUUAGACAGAGAUAAUUAUCAAGUGGAAAGAUAAAGAUUAUUUGUUUUGACUUUUCAAAUGGAUAACUAAUUUAAAGUAUCUAAAAAUGAGAUAGUGGACUUCUAAUAUGUGACAGAGAAUUUAUGCAAUUGUACGAAAAGAAUAAUUCUGAUUUUAAACACAUAAAAAAAAAAAAAAAAAACAAACAAACAAACUUUUCUACUAAUUGUAACUUGUUGGAAGGGGGUAUCUUGCAAAAUUGUUGGUAUAUAUUUUGAGUACUUACUGCUAAAAACUUAGUAGGAGAGGUAAUAUACAAUUUCUUUGUUGAUUAGGGAGAUUGUAUAUAUGCAAUUAAUCCUAAAAUUCAAACCAGUGAUUUUUCUCCGAAUUUGAUGAGAUGGAAUCAUUUCCCUUUGGAGUAAAUUAUUGGAUCUAUUGGGGUCAGUCUCACUUUGAAAAGAAAAAAGAUGAGAAGCCAUUGUGGAUUUCAUAUAUAUUAUGACGGAGUAAAGUAAAUUAAUUAAGGUGCUUACUGAAUAAUAGCACACCGGAUGAACAGUGCAUGUGAAAAGCAGCAAAAUUACUUAUUAAUUUCAAUAACAUAAAUUAGGGGGGAAAUUCAUUAUUUACAAGAGAAAAAGUAAACUAAAAUAAAUGGGUAUGCUUUUUGACCAUGAUGAUUGCAAGAGAUAUAGUUCAAGAGAAUAAAAAUAGAAUUCACGUUUUUAUUCUAUUCAUAUAAAAAGGAAGGUAAAUUAAGAAUUCGAUAGUUUAGUGGUAUCUCUUCUACCUCUCAAAUAGAUGGCGAAGGUUACCGUGACCUUAUAAAACUUUUUUCCUUACUUUCAUUUCAUUUUAACUCAUUAGAUUCAGUCUAGGUUCAUUCACACGAGUCUUCAAAUGAACAAAAUGAAUGUAUUUG